CCCUCUCCUCCGUGGUCCACCAGAACCUAACACAUUGUCAGAGCUUCUCUGUCGCGCUUUGUUUCUCUGUGUCUCGAGGAGCAUUGACCGCUGAGCAUCUUCUCCUCUGCAGGCUGAUCAGAACGGAGCGCUGUUACCAUGACAACCGAUGAAGCGGAGAGUCACCAGAAGAAGCCGAGCCAGCAGGAGGAAGCCGGCCAGGACAACAGGCCGCCGUCGCCGGAGGAGGAGCAGCUCCGAACUCGCAACCGCAACUCUGCCGGCCGAGGCCUCUCCCGCCUCUUCUCCUCCUUCCUGAAGAGGCGCUCGCAAUGUGAGAGUGACGCGGGAGAGAAAGAUGGCAAGGAAGGAGAAGAAGCCAUGGCCCCCAUCGCUGACCCUGAACCUGAACUGAGAACAGAGGGAGAGGUGCCCCAUGACCGGCACUCUGUGAGCAGUGCUGAGGCUCAGGCCGUCCAGGUAGAGAACAAAGAAGCUGAGGAGGAGGAGGAGGAGGCUGAAAACGACAAGGAGGACAAGGAAAGAGGAGAGGAGACUGCCCUGGAGAAGGAGGACAAGGAGAAGGAGGAAGAGGAGGAGGAGAAAGAGUCUGGCCCUGAAGGAGGCAGUCAGGGAGAGAAGGAGGAGGAAAAGAUGACAGAGAGGGAGACCGAAGCUCCCAGAGCUCCUCGCCGGCCCAAAACCAUGCAGAUCAGAGUCACCCUGCUGGAUGACGCUCUCUAUGAGUGUGAACUGGAUAAACACGCAAAAGGUCAGGAGCUCUUCAUGAAAGUGUGUGACCACCUCAACCUUCUGGAGAAAGACUACUAUGGCCUGGUUAUCUCUGAGUUGGCCACCAUGAAGACUUGGAUGGACCUAACCAAGGAGAUCCGCAGGCAGGUACAAGGUACCAACUAUAAUUUCACAUUCAAUGUGAAAUUCUAUCCACCGGACCCUGCCCAACUGUCUGAAGACAUAACAAGGUACUACCUGUGUCUCCAGCUGAGGAAGGACAUCCUGCAGGGCCGCCUCCCUUGCUCCUUCGUCACGCUUUCCCUCCUGGGCUCCUACGCCCUGCAGUCGGAGCUCGGCGAGUAUGACCCUGAGCUUCACGGCAGUGAAUACACUAAGGAUAUGAAAAUGGCCCAGGGUCAGACCAAGGAGCUGGAGGACAAAAUGAUGGAGCUGCACCGCACAUACAGGUCAAUGAGUCCAGCCCAGGCAGACCUGAUGUUUCUGGAGAAUGCCAAGAAACUCUCCAUGUACGGAGUGGACCUCCACCAGGCCAAGGAUCUGGAUGGUGUUGACAUCAUGCUGGGUGUUUGCUCCAGUGGUCUGAUGGUUUACAAAGACAAACUGAGGAUCAACCGUUUCCCCUGGCCCAAAGUCCUCAAGGUCUCCUACAAACGCAGCAGCUUCUUCAUCAAAAUAAGACCCUCAGAGGUGGAACAUUAUGAGAGUGCAAUUGGCUUCAGACUACCCAAUUACAAGGCAGCCAAGAAGCUGUGGAAAGUGUGUGUAGAACAUCACACCUUCUUCAGGCUGACUUCCACUGAGAUGGCCACCACUCCCAGGAAGUUCCUGGCGUUGGGCUCCAAGUUUCGCUACAGUGGUCGGACUCAAGCUCAGACCAGACAGGCCAGCUCUCUGAUCGACAGACCGGCUCCUCUGUUCCAGCGCUCUUCCAGCAAGAGGAACUCCCGCAGCCUCGAUGGAGCAAUGGCAUCAACUCCCGACAAUAAAUCCACUCGUCCAGUCAGUGCCCCCAUUAUGUCUCCGGUGUCUCCUGGAGAGGCAGUUCCCUCUCCGCUGCUACCGACCCUGACUCGCUCUGACCACCACCGCUCCACACACCGCGGCCAUCGCUCCGCAAACAGGAAGGCAGAGGUUCAGCCAGCGGAGAACACCAAGAGCCACAGCCCCAGACCAGAGUCCACCCCGGAAAUGAAGUCCUUGGCCAGGAGAGAGCGGAGGCUCUCUCCCUCUGUGACCAGCGCCAAUGGGGAAAGAGAGAAAAAGAGCAAGCACUCGCCUCAGGACAAAACAAAGAUGGAGAUGGUGCGAGUGAGGAAGAAAAGAGCAAAGAAACUUGAGGGUGAAACUAUUUAUAUCAGACAUAGCAAUUUAAUGUUGGAGGACCUGGAUAAGACUCAGACUGGCAUCAUGCGUCACCACACCAGCAUCAGUGAGCUAAAGAGGAGUUUCAUGGAGUCGUUGCCAGAGCCUCGGCCCAGUGAGUGGGACAAACGUCUGUCCACCAACUCGCCUUUCCGCACAGCAAGCAUCAACGGUCUGCUGCAGCCAUCGUCUCCUGUGCUAAAGACCCAGACAAUCACCAUCUCAGACAACACCAAUUCCAUGAGAGGAAGUGUGACCUGCAAGGACAUCCCCUUAGUUCACACUGAGACCAAGACGAUCACAUACGAGUCAGCAGAGGUGUCUCUCCCGCAGCCGGUGGACGGCCUGGCAGAGAGGGACUCAGGAGUGUUGCUUAGUGCCCAGACCAUCACCUCAGAGACCAUCAGCACCACCACUACCACCCAGAUCACCAAGACGGUUAAAGGAGGAGUCUCUGAGACUCGCAUUGAGAAGAGAAUUGUCAUUACUGGCGACACAGAAAUUGAUCACGACAAGGCUUUGGCUCAGGCCAUUAAAGAGGCGAAAGAACAGCACCCAGACAUGUCUGUUACCAAAGUAGUUGUACACCAGGAGACAGAGAUCAGCCCAGAGUAAGACAGACUGAUGGAAGGUCUCUGGAAGCAGCCCCCCUGACCACCAAAUCCCUUACUUUCACCAAAGCCCUCCGAGAGCCAUCACACCCAGCUGCACUGCCUACGACAAGGACCACCUGACCACAUCAGAGGAAUCAAGUUUCACGGCUGAACUAUGAACCUCACCCUCCAAGAGUCCGGAGUUUGACCUGAAGGAGAGGAAGAGGCCAGAAAAUUCCCUUAAACCCUAGCAGUAUUACCCUUAAUCCCCUCUACUCCACCACAGAUCAACCUUGCUGGACUGAAGAUAACUUUUUUGAAGAGAUAAAAAAAGAUAAUAAAGUACGGCAUUUGUGGAUUUAUUCCUCUUCAAUUUGUCUGGAGAGUUUAAGAAAAUGUUAAAGGACGUUUGGUCUUUAAAUUUUGAGAUUACUGGUACUUUAUUUUUCUAUGGCGUUUCUUAAAAUCACAAUUGGUUCAAUAACUUGGACAGCAAGUGUUUUUUAACGGUAUGUUCCAAGGAGCAUUAACAAAAGGGAUUCUGGGUGAUUUUCUUGGCUUGUACUCAUAGGGAUCCGAGGGUCCCUCUGAAAUUUAACCAUAAGUUUAGAGUCAUUUCUUGUGCAGUAAAUAUUUUAUUUUCCCUGUAAAAGCAAAAAAAAAUAUUUUUUCAACUUUUCAACUUCUGUAUAAAGAAGAUCCAUUUUAUCGAACCACUUUACUCCUAUUAUCUUAGAGUUCUGACUGAUGGUCCGAUGGUCUUUUCAUCUUUUGAUUCAUUUAGUUGUUGUUGUUUUAGUGCUUGUUUACCAGGACCACAAAGUCAACAGCAUAUUGAAAUUACCAUUAUUUAUUUUACAUCUGUCUUCUUUUUGUGUGUUUAUGUUUUAGGUGUACUCAGCUCAGUUGUUGUAAUUUCAUGACUUUGUAUUGAGAGCUUUCCAGUUAUCAUAUUCCAGUUCUAUUCAUUUCUACUGAGCAUGACGAUUUCUGCACAACUCACAUUUCUACUGUUCUACCAUCUGGGGGUGUGUACUCAUCCAGACACAGGAAAAUCAACCUCAAUCAUGAAAGGUUAAUGAAAGAAAAUAACUGUGUGAAACAGCUGAAAUGUGAAGAGACACACGACAGGAUGAUUAUGCCCAAAGGCAUUAUUUUCACAAUGCUUAUUAAUUAUAACCUAAUUAAGGAAAUGAUUACAUCAACAUAUUGACAAGGUUGUCUAGAUAAAGCAGUUAAUCAUACUCAUUAAUUACUACAGUUCUCAGCAUACAAUGACUUUUUUUUGUUUUUCCUUUGUAGCAUAUUGGCUCUGAAAAGUUGUGUUCGUGUUGGUCAUUUUCAACAACAAAAAAAUUACCUGAGAAUUAAAGGUUUUCCCAAGAGGGCUUGCCUUCAGCUGGUUACUCACUUACAGUGAUGUAUGAAAUAAAUGAGUGUGACCCCAUAAACAAUAAAAUAAAUGUAAUAUUUUCUAUUCCUAAUAUUGCUAUAUUGAGUUCAAGCAACCAUCUGUAACCUUAUAGUAUGAUAUUAAAACAACAUAUAGUGUACUGCUCAGUAGACACUACCCAUUCAAAUCAGACCUUAUUUGGUAUGGCAUACAAAGUUUAUGUUCUGAUGAUUUAAAAAAAAUAUUCUAUACAGCCGAACAUUUUUUUAAUUGUGAACUCUUACUUUACCAUCACAAGUCAACAUAUUAAAAGAGCACCAUGCAAAGAAUAAACAGAAAUGAAGACAUUGCA